AUGUUAAGUACCGUUAUAAAAGAGUGUCAACGGUGUACGUUACAAAAGAGCAAACCACUAGCCCCCCGAAUGGCUCCACUACCAGAACAGCGGCUUACUCCCCAUGUCAGACCAUUCAGUUACGUCGGAAUUGAUUAUUUGGGACCACUUGAGGUGACGGUUGGAAGACGUAAGGAGAAACGGUAUGUAGCAGUUUUCACUUGUCUGGUCGUCAGAGCUGUCCACCUUGAAGUAGCACACAGCUUAUCCACCGAUUCUUGUAUGAUGGCCAUUCGGCGAUUCGUCCGUGCCUUUGGGUCCCCUGUGGAAAUUUUUACGGACAACGGAACUAACUUUGUCGGUGCUAAUCGACAGUUGCUGCAACAGAUUAAGCGGAUCAAUAGUGAAUGUGCAGAUACUUUCACUGAUGCCAAAACGCAGUGGUCGUUCAAUCCACCCGCGGCCCCCCACAUGGGUGGAGUGUGGGAACGCAUGGUGCGUAGUGUAAAAGAAACCAUGCGUGCUCUCGACGACGGUCGUAAGCUAAACGAUGAGAUACUGUUGACCGUCCUAGCGGAAACAAAAUGGUUUAUAAACUCGCGUCCACUCACGUAUAUGCCACUGGAGACUAGCGGCGAUGAGGCAAUCACUCCAAAUCACUUUAUUUUUUGUGGAUCAUCAUCGGGUGCGCAUGAGCCAUUGAGAACUCCGGUCGACCUCGCGGAGACACUUCGAAGCAGUUAUAAGCGAAGCCAGUAUCUAUCGGAUGCCCUUUGGAAACGAUGGUUAAAGGAGUAUUUUCCAACUCUCAACCGAAGAUCGAAAUGGUUUGACGACGUCCCAGCUAUUCGUGUUGGCGAUUUGGUUUAUUUAGCCGAAGGCAAACGCAGAACCUGGAUCAGAGGAAAAAUUGAGAAGGUAUAUCCAGGACCAGACGGGAGAGUUCGACAAGCAACUGUACGAACAUCCAGCGGCCAAGAAUUGCUACGGCCGGUGGUAAAGUUGGCGUUGAUUGAGAUAAGGAAUGGUGUAUCCAGUAAGCUUCAGGAACCAUAUCCGGAUUCACGGGGCGGGGGAUGUUCCGGCAGCACUGUACCAGAUGGGGUAUGUUCGGACUAG